AUGCAUGGUGGUGGGCUGGUCAUGUAUGCGUCCACUUUCCAUUUUGGCUUGGCCUACGAAAUGUAUAAAGCUGCGAUUGCAAGUGGCGAUGAUGUUGCACUUGCAGUGCUUGCUUAUGAUAUAUGCCCGAGUGCUCCCUAUCCAACCCAGCUACGCCAACUGGUCGCGUUCGUCACUCACCUUAUGCAUGGUCGAGAUUCCAAAGAUAUCGACUUGUAUGGAGACAGUGUUGGCGGAUUGCUGAUUCUCUCUCUCCUCCUUCACGUCAUGCAUCCGCACCCCAAAGUCCCCCCACUCUCUAUCUCGUCGGGCCAUAGCCUUGGAAGAAUCUUGAUGAUAUCUCCCACCACGCCAAUGGUUACGCCAGCUAUAACUGCGAGUAAAAAUCUUGGUCGCGAUUUGGUUGGCGUGGAUGAGGUAGCUCAAAUGUGGAACGUCAUUAAAGGUUCCCAUGACCCUGAUGUCGAGCUCAUCAACCCAUGGUUUGCUCCAUUGUCGGUGAUUCAUGAGGACUGGUUCGAAGCUUUACCGGCUGGGGCGAUCACCAUUGUUUCAGGCGGAUUGGAAAUAUUUGAAGAGGACAUCGCCAAACUUGCUCAAAUAAUCAAGGAUAAACAUCAAGGUACAGUCAACAUCCAUGUAGACCAAAAUGCCGGUCACAUUGCGUUUCUCAAAGAGGGUCUCAUGGGAAUCCCCCCAUCAGAGUAUACAAACCGCGUGGUGGAAUGGGCCAAAUUACGAGAAUAG